GGGCCGCCGGUUACUCUUCUGAGAGCCCUUUAGAAAAGCACUGGGCAGUGGGCAGACAAGCCAGGGGGCGGGGGUGCAGGCAGGCCCAGCCUGUGUACCAGCCCGGGGACACCCUCGGAAGCACCCAUGAACAAGAGAUGGUGCAACCCGGGCGCGCACGUGUGUGCAGCCCGCUGGCACGUCUCUAUGCCCUGUGGGCACCUGUCUUGUGAGUAGCUCCGGGUGUGGCUGUUCCUGGAUGCUGUGGGUUUCAGUAAGGUUUGUAUCUUCGGGCCUGCCUCCCCCGUCUCCAGAGGGGAACUAAGAAGUUUAACUGAGCAGGGACUGAGAAGAUUAAAGGAGUGGAUCUCAGAGGCAAGGCGGAGAGGGUGGGGACUGCGGGCGCAGCAGGCAGGGAAGCACCUAUUUGACCCAUCUCCCAGCUAGAAAAGAAUCUUGAAAAGACUGGCGUGACCCAUGUGCUCUGAAAUGUUUAGAGAGCCCCGAGCAGUGAUGACCACAGAGUGAGUGGCACUAGGCUGAGCCUGUUUUAAUUCGUGGACAACAGGGAUGCUUGCAUUUAGAAAGGCCAGAAGGAAACUCAGGAUGGGCACCAUCUGCUCUCCCAAUCCCAGCGGGACAAAGACAGCCUCGGAGGUCUGCAAUGCCGACUGGAUGGCCUCGCUCCCCCCUCACCUCCACAACGUUCCCCUUUCCAAUCUGGCAAUCCCAGGCUCCCAUGAUUCAUUCAGCUACUGGGUAGAUGAAAAGUCCCCAGUGGGGCCUGACCAAACCCAAGCUGUCAAACGCCUUGCCCGGAUCUCCUUGGUGAAGAAGUUAAUGAAGAAAUGGUCUGUAACUCAGAACCUGACCUUCCGGGAGCAGUUGGAGGCUGGGAUCCGCUACUUUGACCUACGUGUAUCUUCUAAGCCUGGAGACACUGACCAGGAGAUCUACUUCAUCCAUGGGCUCUUUGGCAUCAAGGUUUGGGAUGGGUUGAUGGAGAUUGAUGCAUUCCUGACUCAGCAUCCUCAAGAGAUCAUCUUCCUGGAUUUCAACCACUUCUAUGCCAUGGAUGAGGCCCACCACAAAUGCCUCGUUCUACGGAUCCAGGAGGCCUUUGGGAACAAGCUGUGCCCAGCCUGCAGUGUGGAAAGCAUGACACUUAGGAGUCUGUGGGAGAAGAAGUACCAGGUUCUCAUUUUUUAUCACUGUCCCUUCUACAAGCAAUAUCCAUUCCUGUGGCCAGGGAAGAAGAUUCCGGCACCCUGGGCAAACACCACGAGUGUGCAAAAACUGAUCCUCUUCUUGGAGACCACUCUGAGUGAGCGAGCCCCACGGGGGGCCUUCCAUGUCUCCCAGGCCAUCCUCACCCCAAGAGUGAAGACAAUUGCCCGAGGCCUUGUGGGGGGCCUCAAGAACACACUCGUUCACAGGAAUCUCCCUGCCAUCCUUGAAUGGGUGAAGACUCAAAAGCCUGGAGCCAUGGGCGUCAACAUCAUCACCUCUGACUUUGUGGACCUGAUAGACUUUGCCACAACUGUGAUCGAAUUGAACGACCUUCUAGAGGAUCAGGAUCGAGCUCUGACUAAGUGUUGAAUCCAUGCUUUGUUUAAUUUGAUGUCGAGGUUGUCCAUCCAAGGUAGGAUUCUAGAGGGUUCUAGUCAAGAUGGCUCGCUCCUAGGCAGUCACGGGGAAGUGAGAAAGAGAAAGAAGGCCCUCUCCCUUUCCUCACAUAGCUUAAAAAAAAAAAAACUGAGGGUUUUCAAUGCAUUUUCCCCAAAUGACACUUUCACAAACUUAAGUCUAAGAGAAGAAUGCAUAUUCUCUAUGGUUAACAUCAGGAUCUUACCCCAGUGGCUUGUGCUAGCGAAUGGAAGAUGGAAGCAUCCUUUUCAGGUUCCAUGGGAUAUGCAUCAUCUUAAUUGACGCAGCUUCCUGUUGUCUUCCGGGGUCAUUUGAGCCGGUGUGAAGACCAAAUCAGAAAGGCAUUCCUGCUCAGAAGAAUGGCACACGCAAGCAUGGACCACCCUGCGAGGUCUCUGCCGUCAACCCAGAGCUCUAAGGGGCUCCUAGAGAGCCAAGACCCAGGUCUCCCAGGAACUAUACAGUGUCACCGCUUUUCUACAAGAUCAAGAUAGAAUUAUCAUCACAGUGCUCAGCCACAGGCUAGCUCUGCAUAUCUUGGGCUGUUAGUGGGGCACCUUUAUUCUUCAUAUAAACAGUGCACACUACCCUUGGCAUCAGGAAAAGUAUUUCCUUAUUUUAAUGUAUUUUGGGCCCUAUCUUUAAAAUGAAAGGAACAGUAGUGGAAAGUCUCCUAUGUGAGGGCCCAAUACAAACUAAACAUGCAUGUUCGUUGCAUGCUAGAGUUCUCUGAUUUAUUUCUGUAGCUUUCUCCCCAAAUGACUGUCAGGCAAGUACCAGCAUCAUUUUGGCAAAGUCCUCUUUGGAGCGAGGUCUUCAAGGCAGAUAGCAGAAUGCUAUUUUAUGGUUGUCUGUCUGGGACCUGGUCUGCUGCAUGACACAGUGCUUGCCUAUGACACGGUGGAGGCUGACACAGGAUGCGUGGGAGCAUGCGAUGGAAUUAAAGGACGACGGUCCAAGUCGGUUUGGAGCCAGUCUGUAACUCCUUGCGAACAAGACUACCUCGAGGACAUUUAGCAUGACUCGUAUGUCAUCCAGUGAGGGGAAAAGCAAUGCUGGACGUGUCUGCUUGUUUUUCCAUUUAGUCUAUUUUCUGUGGGUUGUUCUGCCAACUGCCUUUUGCAUGAGGGCUCGCAGACACAAAGGGAUUUUUGUUUUAAUUGAUAAGAGGUGCUUUUUAUUGAUAAGAGCCCUCUUUUGUUUUAUUUGCUCUGUUUUUGUAUUUAUUGAUUUAUUUAUUCAUAGACUAUGGAUCUGCAGUGUUCUUUGCCUGAAGAACACUCACAGAUGUUUACUGGACUUUUCCUACCCAGGAUGCUGCUGUGGUCAGCCACCCAUGCACUGCAUGGCGCAUCUCAGGGGCUGUGAGUGACCUCGUAACUUUGCUAGAGAUGCCCUACCCCCACCCCACCCCAAACCUGCUGAGGACAAUGUAUAAGUGUGGAUGUGAUCAAAGCGAGGAAGCGACUGCCAAAGGCAUGCACAGGGAGAGAAGCGAAAGGGUUGUGAAAAACUACACAGGUGGUAGAGCUUUGGGAAGAGAACUAGGGACAAUGGCUGAGGGAAUCCGCCAGUGUGCUUAGCUAACCUGCAGCCCUAUUUAAGAAUUCCCAAAGGAGGUGUUGGAUUCCACAUUCCUACUGAGGAAUAUAAACAGGCAGACCUGGGUGGGGAUGUGGUUUACAGAGAUUGCUGGACAUUCUUCUGGUACUUCUCACAUGUCUCCCUUUGAUUGCCUCGUCUGUUGUGCAUGCGGACUGCCUUGGGGAUAUCUUGGGUGAGCUCUUGAAAACAUGCAUGCCCCUAACGGCUGACCUUUCUUUCCCUAAAGUAAUUUAGGCCUCGACUUUUCCCCUCUAGAGUUCAUGGAGGCCACAGCACAAACGCCUCUGAGAAGAGCCGAUUUAACUUCUCCUGCUCUGGUGUUUGAAUCCUGCCCAGAGGUGGCUCUCUGAAAUGACCUUGUCUAAUUUGUCAGUGUGUCUCUGCACAGGGCUUCCCCAUUGCGCAGGAGCAUUCCCCAUUCCCCUCAGUUGUGAUGCUGAGCUCGACAGAGCAGGCUCCCAAAACCUUAGCCUACCCUCAGGUUUUUAUAUUUUUGUUUUUAUUGUUGCAUUAUUAUUAUUAUUAUUAUUAUUAUUAUUAUUAUUAUUAUUAUUUGGUUUCAGUUUUAAUUAUCCGUUAGUUACAAGGAACUAGAUCACUCCCUUCUGUUAACCCUUUGUUCCUUGACAAAGAGAUAUGGAGGCGAGAGGAGAGUCAUUCUGCUCUGUUUUAUUUCCGCCCCAGCUUUGUCCAGGUGCUCGGUGCUAUGGAGGCUGGCCUGUCAGCAGGUAUCCGCACCGGAUGGAUACCAGUUUCACUUUAGGGCUGCAGACUGUUCAGUGAAAUGUUUACUUUGUUUUCUCCUUCUGUUCUUAAAUACACAGUUGUAUUUCACUUCUGACAUUUAAGUGCACCUCAGUGUUUGCAAUGUUGUGCCAUCAAGCAUAAGCAGAGGCACAGGACACUUCCAAGGCCACGUGUAUGGACCCCUUCUCCCACAGUGACCGCAUGCGUAUACGCUCCCUGGCUUGUCGGGGUGCAUUAGGGUCCCAGCCUUGCUGACAUUCUGAAAGUCUGAGAGGUCAGGGGAGGAGGAUUAUUCUCAAUUCCGCCCAGGAAUUACUCAAAUCUCUGCCCCAAGAAAAGGCUUCCAAUGUUGUAAAAGACUGCAUCUGUUCUGUAUCUUGAAGACCAAGCAGAAACUCAAGUGAGCCGGACAGAGAAAAAAUAGAACGUGGGCCCCAGGGCUCAUUCUGUCAUAGUUACAAGUAAGAGUUCUGACCCAAAUAUAUCACAUGUUCUCUAAAAUCUAGGUAGUCAUUCGGAUUUUUUUUUU